GCCAAAAUGAAAAAUAUUACUGAGAAGAAAAAGUCAGUUGAUUCUACUCCAGAAGUACCAAAAGUUUCUCAGCUUAUAACAUUAAAGCCAGAAGAAAAGAAAGAAAUCAUUAGAAAAAGAGUUUUUAGGAAUAAUCUUAAAUAACAUCAUUCUUGAGUCAGAACCUCUUAUUAAUGGCAAUGUGAAUAUUAUCAAAAGCACACCAGAUGUAUGAUCUGAGUUGACAAGUUUUCCGGAGCAAAAUGUAAUCAGCAGAAUUAUGGCUGGGAAACUUCCCUUUUCAGUUACAAACAGCACUAAUUUUCAAACUUAUCUUGACUCCUUAAAGCAAAACUACAACCAGGAAUGAAUAAGAAAGGAGCUGAUUAAAAUAAAAGUUCAGGAUAAUUCAUUUAAAAACGUUGUGAAGACAUUGAGCCAGACCAAUACCUCAACAGAGAAAGCUGCUCCUAUUUCGUCUAACAAGAAAUGAGAUUUGUUUAACCCCCAGUUGCCAUAUAUUGAUUACACCAAUUACAAUAGAAACUGAGAAAGUGGAAAGAAUGCAGCCUCAUCCUCCUCUUUGCCUAGCUUGAACAUUUCUGCUGAGAAAUCUUCUAAACCGAAUAACUCACAGAGCCAGCUACAAAUGUCGUUCGAAGAGAUUCGGAAAUAAAUCCAAGGAAAUCCGUAAAGUUCGAAACAAAAUGUGGCACAAACAAAAGUUAAAAAUUGAGAAAGAGAUUCAAGAGGAUGAAGCUAGAAUCAAACAGAAAGAAAUCCAAAGAGAGAAGGACAAAUUACUUAGAAGGGAGAGAAUUAUCGAACGAUUAGAGAAGAGCAAAGAAGAGAAGCAAUGUAGAGCACAAAGUGAUAGCUCACUCACGACAAAACUCAACUUCUCUCAAAGCAAACCUCUUUUUGAAAGACUAGAAAUGGAUUAUCAACAGAAAUUUGUUAUCCCUGAGAUUAAUAAAAGUCGAGAUAUUUUGAAGAAAAGAAGGGAGUUUAUGAAGCCAAUUAGCAGAAAUGACAUCGCUCUUCAUAAAAAGAAGUACCUUACUGAUCUUGAGAAUAGCCAAAAGAAGCUGAAAAGGGAUCGGAAGAAGUUGCAAGCCUACCCUAAAAUCAUUUCUUCUAAAUAAAUACAAAAUGAACCUUGCACAGCAGUUGAAGGAGCGAGCUUCUUACCUCGAAGAAGAGGCUUCAAGAGCUGAGAAAAGACAAAAAAUGAAGUUAUAUGCAAGAAUUAUCUCAGAGUCUUACAGACCAAAAGUUUCCUCUAUAAAGCAACAGGAGAUGAAGGAAAUUAUCAGGAAGAUAACCACUAAACCUAGAAUAUCUAACCAUGAAAGUUACGAUAAAACUGUUCCAGUCUAUAGGAAAUAAAUUGAUGGAUCGAUACAGGAAGAAGCAUAAAACUAGAGAGAUAAAGAAGAGACUGAUGGGCUCAAGAGAGUACAUGAACGAGUCAAGCCACAGCCAACACAUUACUGCAGCAAGAGUUGAAAAGCAAGUGGAAGUAAUAGACUCUAGAAAUGGAAGUAUUUGAUCAGAUAAUCUAAAGAACAGUAAUUCAAAAAUUAUUGUAGACACAAAGGCUAAACAGAAAAGUAGACUAAACACAAGAGAAUAGGGACUAUAUUAUGUUUAAUUAGAUUUUAAGGCCAAUAUUUUUCAU